AUGAAUCAAUGGAAAUGUACAGAACAUCAAGCACGAGCAGCUAUUGAACUACGGUUAAUAGAUGGAAUACUUGCUUUUCCAACAUCUUUUCGAGGAAAUCAAUCAAUAGAUCGUGAUAAGAUUGAGAAAAUUUUCAAUUUUUAUUGCCAUGAUGGUAUCAGUCGUCCGUCACCUAAUCGAAAAGACGUUGUCUCGAUCAAUGGAGUGUCGAACAACGUCACGUUGAAUGAUCUUAUUGGAUCUGUUGUUUGCGAUGUGAACAAUGAAGAUUGUUCAUCACGUGCUUGCAGUCAUUGUUCAAGUCCUGCUUCUUUGUCUAGUCUACUAAUAGAUGAUGGCACGGACGAAGAAGAAGAUGUUUCGUGGACAGUAUGGAAAACAAUUAAGAACAACGUUAUGUUACAAACUAUUUCUGGCUGUAAGGCCUCCCUUCUAUUGGAAAUCGAUAAUCGAUGGUCAGUUUUUCUAUACCAUGCUUUCAUUAAGCGACAACAUCGCAAGCAUAUUGAAAUCAUUCGGGAACACUCGAGUGCUGAUAACUACAUCGUUGGGCAAAUUGACUUUGCUGAAAACUAG